UGCACAAAGGCAGAAUUGCAAAAAACUAAUAUUUUAGCUUGCUGUGUUAUCCAGACCUAAUCAGUUAGGGCAGCUUAUGACUCACACAAAGUCAGAAUUAAUUAAGUUAACUAUGUUGAAGGUUGUUUAAACAGCCACAGUGACACCUCACAAUUUACUAGGGCUAGGCUAUAAUGUGGUCAGCUGUGUAAUGAAUCAGUGUGUCUAACAAAUACAUAGGGCCUGCUGCAAGAUGCAAAUGCUGCUGUAAGGUUAUAAAUGCCAGCUAGGAUUCUUUAAAAAUCCUAAUAAAUUAUAUUUUUAUUUUGCAUUGUAAGUGAGAAAGGCUGGAGAAAUCGUUGAUCGAUACAUGUCUAUUACAUGAAGAAAACUUGAGAAAAUCACUUGCGAAAGAUACAGCAAUGCAAUUGGAGACCAUGAGAUGGCAACAAAACUUAAGAAAAGUUUAAGAAGUUCCAUUGAUGAUGUCCUUGGAGAUCUCCUUGGUGAUGAUGACAAUACUCCUGCUAAUUCAGGAAAACCUACCUCAUUUGGCAGCACUGAUGGAAAAGCCAGAGAAUUCAUGCCACAGACCAUCAGAAAGGGCCUGUUGGAUGAUGAUUUCUUUAGCAAAAUGGCUGUGGAGGAAGGAGCAGAUGCAGAGGAGCCUGAUAUCUCAGAUGUGGAUCCAGAAGCUCUUCUAGAGACAUUGAAGGAUAUGGAUGAGAUGGAAGCUGAUAUUUUGGGCAUAAAGAAAACAAGCCCAAAGUCUCCUAGGAAGGCUGUUAAAGGUGUACGAAAGGCAGCAAAAACUAAUAUAACAACCAACCUAGAAAGAG